AUGAUAAAUUUACUUGCCAAGCGCCAGCAAAAGCAGAUGGCUCGCUUCAAGCUGCCUUUGAACGGUUUCGCAAUCAACGCCGGGCCAACCUACAGCAGGCUCAACGAAAAGCUCAGGAGAAACGAGCAGCCCGGACACCGGAGCAGCGCCAAGCUCUACGCCAGCGAUUUCUCCAGCAGGUCCGCGUGCUUGCCAACCGUAUCUUCCACGACGUACACCACCCGCACCCUCAUGGCGCAUCGCCUGUUUCAGAUCAAAUCCUACAUGGGCAUCCCGUACUCGCGCAAAUACCACCGCGAUCCCAGCUACUGCUGCGGCUUGGUUCGCCAGGCUCUUCGCGAUCUUGAAAAGGAAUUUGGCUUCUCUGUCGGUCCCUGGAACCAGGCCUACCAGUUUGAUACCCUGCCGGUGGCCCUGACCCCAGAAACCAUGCAGCCCGGCGACUUGGUUUUCAUCUCUGGUGACUACUUUCGCCCCACGAAACGCACGCAACGUCACCAAAUGGUCCACGUGGAAGUUUGGUUGGGCGAAGGCGAAAAGACCAUUGGAGCGCGCCACCAAACGGGGGUUAUACAGGUUCACGACUCGUACAAGUUUGUCAGCAAGUCGUACGGCAACAUGCAAUUCUACUUCCGCUCCAUCGAUACCUGGCUAGAUGGGGUGUGCAAGAGCCAUUGCACCGAGCACGAUUGGCUCAGCAAAGCCGAGCGGCGGAACAAGUACUCCCUCUUUGGUACGUCUGGCAUUGAGGCAAGCCAGGACCUUCUUGGCAACGCUCAAGACGCCACCGAUACGGCCCGUGAGGAAGAGGCGGAUCAGGACGCUGACAUUGCAGCGAGUGAUGACGACGAGUUGGAGUAG